CCACACAUGCCUGCGUCGCAUACUCAGACCACUACAAUUCAGACUUGGACAGUCUUGUAAGAGUUGAGCAAGGUGGACGUAUGAUGCCGCAUCACGUUCUGAUAUGGUCCGUCGGAUUCUUCUGCGUUUGUUUACUGCUGUACAUAUGCACCUUUAGGUCUUACCUGAAAGGAGUGAAAAAACCUAUCCUGCAGCUGAGCAACACAGUACCAGUAGCCAGCAUAAAUCCAAAAGCCCGCAACGCAACAAUUUUCGUGAUAGACGUUGAAACAGGCCUGUGUUGCCACCAAACAGAUGACUAUUUGAAAAAUCCCACACUUAAUUUGGAUGCGAUUACGAAAGCGGGUAAACCCAAACCGGCCGGUCGUGAGGCGAUGAGCGUGGAUGUUUUAUCCGGCAGACUGCUCAGCGAAGAGGAACGGAAUUGGUUCACUAUUUAACAGUGGAGUGUGAGCUGUGAACUCGAACAGUGACGGGCUGUCUCAUAGAAUGCAAUUUUUAGAGAGCGCAGUCUUUGCAACCAUAAGGCAGCAGAUUAUUUACGCAUUGCAAUGUUUUUAGUUAACGGAAUAAAACAUUAUCUCUCACCAUUCUG